GGCUUCUCACAAAAGUUGUCAAGCGACUAUUUUCGUUUUGGAGCAUCAAACGACUGGUUAGAAAUAUUUGUUCGUUUUGAACGUUUCACUAAUUGUUGUUUUAAUAGGUGAGCUCUUUUUACAAGUGAAGACAUGCAUUCAGCCCACCAAGAAGAACAGAAAUGUAUAAAGAUAGAGUUUAUUGAAGAUUACAGUGAGAACAGGAGUGAUCCAGAACCUUUCAGAAUCAAACAUGAAGAUACUGAAGCACAAAGAGACUUGAUGGAAAAAAGUGAAGAACUGAAUGAAGAGGAGGAGAAACAUCAUGUCAAAACUGAAGAACCCCUUUUGAGUUGCUCUCAGAGCAAAAGUGAAUUUCCAGAGAGACAAACAGCCAACAAAAAAAUCACUUGCUCUCAGUGUGGAAAACAGUUCCCAUGCAAUCAAACACUUACAAAUCACAUGAGAACUCACAGCAAAGAGAGUCCACACGCAUGUUAUCAGUGCGAGAAGAGUUUUACAUUAGAAGAAAAGCUUAAUGAUCACAUGAGAAAACACUGUGGGAAAGCGCAACACGUUUGCGAUCUGUGUGGGAAGAGUUUCUCAUUUAAAGUAAGUCUUAAGCGUCACAUGAGCAUUCAUAGAGGAGAGAAGCACACAUGCCUUCAAUGUGGGAAGAGUUUCACAUUAAUCGGACAGCUUAAUUAUCACAUGAAAAUACACAGCGAAGAGACUUCAUUCUCAUGUGAGGAGUGUGGGAAGAGUUUCAGAGGUAAAGGAAAUCUUAAACGUCACAUGAAGAUCCACACGGGAGACAAGCCGUACUCGUGUGCUCAAUGUGGGAAGAGCUUCUCAUAUAAAGCAAGCGUCAACCGGCACAUGAGCAUUCACAGCGGAGAGAAGCCGUACGCGUGUGAUCAAUGUGGAGAACGAUUCAGAGUAAAAGAAAACUUGAAUAACCACGUGAAAAUCCACAGCGGAGAGAAGCUGCACUUCUGUGAGCAGUGUGGGAAGAGUUUCAGAAUUAAUGCGCAUCUUAAACGUCACGUAAAGAUUCACACAGGAGACAGGCCGUACUCAUGUGAUCAGUGCGGGAAGAGUUUCUCAUAUAAAGUAAGUCUCAAACAUCACAUGAGCCUUCAUAAGGAAGAAAAGCCAUAUGUGUGUGAUCAAUGCGGGAGGAGUUUCAGACUUAAAGGAAAUCUUAAACGUCACACGAAGAUCCACAGAGAAGAUCAGAGACUUGCAUUUAAAGUACAUAACAGAGAGAAGCCUUACAAAUGUAAAAAGUGCGGGAAGAGUUUCACAUAUAAAACAAGUUUUAACCACACAUGA